GUAUAUACCGCGCUGUUCGGUCCUUGCGUCACGUCGUUCUUGCUAAAGAGAAGACAGUUACUUCCAUAAUGGCAAUUCCUGAUGAAGUAUUUGAUCUUGUUUCAAAAGUUUCGAAUGGAAAUGGAAAUUUGGAGGAUUAUGAACGCAUUUGUUUGAUUCUAUCUAAUCUGACAACUACAGAACUGAGUUCUGUUUUUCAAAAAUGUGAUAUUUUAAAAGCAUUGAUGUCGAUUGAUUUACAUGACAAACAGUCUGCUCAAAUUGCGAUUAAAUUAGCUUCCAUUGUAUUCUCCCUCAUACCUUUAUUUGACUUUGUUCAAUCUCACCAAGAAGAGCUGCUUUUAAUACUUGGAUCGACGAAACUCGAUUUGAUUGAGUUUAUUUUGAAAAGGCUAAGAGCUGGUGUAGUUGAACCUAGUUGUUCAGUAGACAAUCUACCGGAAUGCAUCUUAAAGUCAAUAGCUAGAUUAGUUCUUCAUGAAAAACUUUCUUUAUCUAUGGAAGCCCAAAAUUUCCUGAUAACUUUGGCUACAAAAUGUCCUCUUGGUUUAAAAAGCGUUUUAGGGCCCAAUGUAGUCGGUGCAUUAAAUCCACUGUGUUCUAAAUCUGAGCAUUUAAUAAGAGUUUCUGAAUUUGCUGUACAUCUAGUUUCCAAACAACCUGAAUUGUUCAAAGACGUUGAAAAUUCUGGUUUGUUUCAACCUAUUUUGGAUGGUUUAAAUUCAAGAGAUCCUCUAGUCCGCUUGAACUGGUUAGAAUUAGGGAAAUUGUUGACUGUUUCAGAGACGGGUUAUCACUUUCUGAAUAGGCAAGGUGUGUUCUCUAGAUUAUUGGACGAUUUGUAUUCUUCUGCUUCGGAUCCAUUAGGUGAUUUACUACUUCCAGGAUACAUUGGAUUUUUUGGUAGUCUUGCUAAGCGAGACCCUGACCAUUGGUUAGGGUCAAAAAGCGAUGGAAGGUUUAAGAAUGUAUUAUCAGAUGCGGUCGAUAAUAAUGCUAUCAGUAUUUCUAUGGUGGCAUUUGAAUCUAUUAGCUGUAUAGCGACUACACCAACAGGUCGGAUUACCUUAGAUAAGUUAUUUGCUAAAGGUGGCUCAUUUGAUAGUGUUUUGAACAAGCUUUUUGUAUUUAUUUCCAAUUCACCAACUGAGAUAUGCACUAGAGCUGUCGAAUGCUAUAGUUUUCUUCUACGUCGACCUGAUGGGAUAGAUUCAGAAGGCUUAUUUGCCGAUGCUGUACUUUCUCUUAACUGGGCAAUAAUUUCUUGUCAAAAAAGCAUUGAUACAACAAAUUCCAAUUCAGUUGAAGAUAAAGAAUUAUUAAUUGCUCCACUACUGAAACGCCUUUAUUCUCUUGCAACUCAACCAUUUUUUGAGGUGCGUGUAGCAGUAUUCAAAGCUAUCGAUGCGAUUGUAACGCAGAUUCAUUAAAUAUGCUUUAAUAAAGAAUCAGAAAAGAAUGAUGGAUGUCAUAUACUUCGGGAUUCAGAAUAAGGCAAAAAAAAGAACUGCGAAAAAUGAAACAGCAUUGAUGUUACGUCCUCUGCUUGGUUACGACAGAAUACGAUAUACAACUAAGGGCACUCACUUGAACGUGUAGAACACCACCGUCGCAAAUCAGAAGAUGGAUGAAGUAGGGGAAGUGAUUAUUGGGUAAGAAUCAAAAAUGCACAAACAAAAAUCAGUAUUUAUAGCUAUUAGUAUGGACUGUGACAUUAUAAUUCAGCCAAUCUAGAAGUAGUUGUGUUGUCCAAUUAUAGCAUGCCACGUUGGUGUUCGACGAGACUCUAUCAGGUUCCGAUUGAAUGGAAUCUCUUCGGCUUCUUUAGAGUCUCUGGAGGCUUCGUCGUGCUUCUUGAAGCCAUCCCGACAGUUGGUACAGUCAAUUUUUGGGAUACAAAUAAGAUAAAUAGACUCCGAUACAAUCAAAGUGACUUGCUAGCUAAACGGCAGUAUUAACAGUGACCUUUGUAAAUCAGGAGUCCUAGGUAGGUGUUUUUAAAAAAAAAUAAGUUACAAUCUAUAAAUUACAUAAAAUUGAUGGAGAUUACUGGUUACAUUGAGAAAAUGGAUGAAGUUUUAAUGAAGACAAUCUUUAGCCUAGUAGUUGUCAGUCAAUAUUUAGAAUUUAUUUAAUUAUAAAAUCGCAAGUGAUCAAUUUAUAUCAAAUCAUAAUAGUAUGUGCGAAAUUAUUCAACUCACCCAGAUUUACGAUUGUUCUCUUUCAACAAGUUUAAAAAGCGUCGUGCCGCAGAUCUGAUAGGUUUUUGUGUUGAUGGAAAUUUCUCUAGAAGUUUAACAAUAUGAUCUUGAAGAAACUAGAUAACAAAAACCAAACAAAUGGAUUUUUUUCAAUAUACAAGUUCCCUGUUUUCACUUUAUCAAAUGUAUAAUCAUGACUAAUAACUAAAGGAGUCGCUCAAGAGAAUAAUAUCGUUUAAUUUUUUAUCCUUAAACCACCGUGCUCAGAAAACGCAAUUUCAACAAAAUCUAUAGCAGUUAUAGGCGGAUGAGAUCGAACUAUAUCAAAACAACUUUUGAGAAAAGAAACAAAGUCAAAUAUCGAGAGAUAAGGAAAAUAAGAUAUUCCUUAUUAAAGCAGAAUACAGUAAGAAAAUAAUCAAACAGACUUACGGAAUGCAUACUUGAGCAAGCUACACGUUAUAAAAUGCUGAUACAUAAAUUAUGCUCUUAUGAGUAUCUAUUUCUAUCAGCGUUAAAUACUUAACUCAGCUGUAUAGUUAAACAAGCUUAGAUAGACGAGUCUAACUGGUUAUCGAGGAUGGAAACAAACGUCGGUCAAGCUGUAUAAAAGUUUUCCCAGUUCUCUUGAUGUCAUAUUGCAUUGGUGUUGUUGCUUGUCAAAUUUCUCGUACCUUAUUUGCAUUUAAAUUUGGCUAUAUUAAGAACCAUUACAGCAAAUAUAAACUUUUGCAGUGUAACUAUGAAUAUUAUUAUUAACGAUAAGAAUUCAGUUAAGUAUCCAAAAAUUCAGCGGACACUUUCGUGGUCUCAGUAAAACUAAAAUACCCACUUGGAAAAACAUUGAUAGAGAGAAGAGAUAUUUUUUUCCAACCAGUUUUUCAUUAAGGCUAUACACUGACGGUUGUGUUUUACAAUGAAAAUAAAAUUGGUGACGGUCAAGUAGUUGUGGAUAAGACAAUAAGGAAAUUCAAGAGUUUAUGAAAAUAAUCAUGAAUGAAUGAAGAAGUAAUUAAAAGAUAAGAUGGAUGAAGUAAGUAAUAUUCAAAUGCAUUGAUUAGUAAAAUAAUUGGAAAUAUGCAGUUAUGGGAUUGACAUAUUACAUAAUGUCUAGUGAGAGAACUGACCGGGUUCUGAUAAGAAGUAAAAUACUAGGGACAGUUGCAUAAGAGUUGAGAUAGCAAUGUUGCGACUGUGCAAGAGAAUGAAGCAAAAGGAAACUUGAAAUGGGCAUUAGCGAAUUGUUUGUAACCAAGUCUAGUACUCGUUGUGUUGAUGGCCGAGGUAAAGAGAUGUACAAAUUGCUUCUAGGUAUAAAAAUCCAGUUUGUAUGCUCAAACCAUACAGGAAAUUCAGUGGAAUAUAAUGGAAUACUCGGAAGGUUAUAUUUGCUUUUAUUAAGAUUGUGAACCGAUCAAUGUUAGACCACCCUUGAAAACCUGGAAGCACUGGAUAGCCGAGUCCUGCGUGCUGAGUAGUGGAUGCGUGUUGUUGAGGAGUCCCGUACUAGGAUGAAACGGCCGUUCAAUGCCUUCAGGUUCUCAAUUGUGGUCUAACGUUGAUCGGUUCGUGAUCUCAAUAAAAACUCAGCAAUCUCCAUAAUCAUAUACUGAUGGUUAUAUUUAUGUCUAUUUGACAUCCUCUAUCAACCAGGCAGAGAUCUGGAUCAACUUUAAUUGCACUUUGUUCAACCAAGUAGAAUGAUGCUUGGAAAUUCGAGGACGAAAUUGUCCAAUGUCCAACCACCGCUGUACUUUUGUUGCUAGUGUUUUUUUGAAGUUACGAUCAUCAUCAAAGAAAAUGAACUAGGAAUAGACCUUGAAAACAGUAGGUGUUUAAUUAAAUAGUAAUAACUGUAUAACUCAACUACCAAGUACGCUUUUUGCACUAGAUUUCGAGUCAUACUUUCGGUUUGAGGGAUAGUAAUACUAUCAAGUUAGAGGUAUAGAGUAAGAAGGAAUUUAUCUUUAGUACAAACGAAAAACAGGAACAUAUACCGUCACUGUAUGUAUAUUAAUGGAUGUGAGAAUAGGUAGCGCAGCACUAGGUAUCUAGUUAUAAGAGCAGGUGCAUGGAUAGAAUGUACGUAAAAAACCCUUAAUGACAAUAAUAAUAAUAAUAAU